GUCCUGUCCUCCCCCACGCCACACCAGACCGCGCAUCAUUAUGCGGUGCGUGGCAUGUCCUCCCACCCCUUGAACCCUUUUGCAAAUCCCAUACCCAGCCGAGAAAAGUGCUGGUCUCCUUCGGAGUCUCUUCCCCGUCGCAUCCCACAUCCCACCCCCCGGGCCCCGUGCCAUCCAAUAGCUUUGCCUUUUUUGCCAUCCUGAGUCUGAAGCACGGACCAGCUCCUAGCUUGAGCAUGGUUCCGGAUUAUUUCUAGACUUGGAAGCUUGUUGCAUCACACCUCACCUCACACAAAUCCCUACCCACCACCAAAAGGUCGCCUUGUCUUUUUUCCUUUUUUUUCCUCCUUCCGUUCCAUUUUUGGUGGUUUUUGUUUUUAUUUUUCGGACUGCGUCGAGAACUCCAACCCAUUCACUACUCUGUCGGUCUUCGACGGGCGUAGGAUUGGAAAAGUUCAGCCGAAGGAGGUCCCCCGAAAAGUCAACACGCGUCCACAGCAUACAACAAACCGCAGAUGCUCCGCUGGUGACAUCUUCCCUGCAACCUGGCGCCCGCCCUCCGAGGCCCUAGCCGUCUCCCGCCUAAUUCCCCUUAUUCUCCUCCUCCUCUUCCGCUGCUGCCGCCACCAUGAACGCCGUCGAUGCUUCGGACCACUACGAGGUCUCCUCGCACGAAGCCACCCCUUCCCUCCUCUCCAUCGUCAUCGACACAAACCCGCGUGCCUGGGCCGCCCUGAACGAUGUCCUCCCGCUCUCCAAGGCCAUCGCCAACGUCCUCGUUUUCGUCAACGCGCACCUCGCCUUCAGCAAUGCGAACCAGGUCGCCAUCUUUGCCUCCCACAGCAACCGCGCCGUAUGGCUCUAUCCCGCCAAGCCCGAGCCCGCUACGGCCAACGGCGCCGCUGCCUCUGAGGACGUCGCCAUGACCGGCGUCGACGCCUUCGCCCCGACCCCGAACCAGUCCUCCGCCAACAAAUUCCCCCAGUUCGCCCAGAUCGAGUCCGCCGUCAUGUCCUCGAUGCGCAAGCUCGUCGACGCCACCACCGAGGCCGACCUCGCCUGCACCACCACCCAACUCUCGGGCGCCCUUACCCUCGCCCUCGCCCACAUCAACAAGACCUCCCUCUCCCUCAACGAGACCAACAAGGCUCCUGACGUCCCCCGCUCCACCUCCUCCGCCCUGAGCCGUCUCCGCGCCCGCAUCUUUAUCCUCUCCGUUUCCGACUCGGAGCCUGUCCAGUACAUCUCCACCAUGAACGCCGUCUUCGCCGCCGCCCACUCCCAGAUCCCCAUCGAUACCCUCGCCCUCUCGGGCGACGCCACCUUCCUCCAGCAGGCGAGCUACAUCACUGACGGCACCUUCAUGCAGGCCGCCAGCCCCCGCGGCCUCUUGAGCUAUCUUAUGUUCGCCUACGCCGCCGACGCCGAGGCCCGCUCCUCCCUUAUCCCCCCGACCCACCACACCGUCGACUUCCGCGCCGCCUGCUUCUGCCACGGUCGCGUCGUCGACACUGGCUUCGUCUGCAGCAUUUGCCUCAGCAUCUUCUGCGACGUCCCCGAAGGCUCCGAGUGCCUCACCUGCGGCACCAAGCUCUCUCUCGGCAGCUAUGGCGCUAAGCCCGCCGUCGUCCCCCGCCGGAAGAAGAAGAAGAAGAGGACCGUCCUGGCAAACGGCCACAUCCGGGAGGAGACGGGCAGCGCUGCGGGCACGCCGCGUCCGGGAUAAGGCGUGCCUUUCUAUCAC